AUGCAACUACUUGGGUUUCUAUUCUAACCAGGUUCAUUUUUGUCAAUGCUAUGAUUAUAAUACUUUGCUUAAAUGAUUGAUUUUUUCAAAGUGUACAUUAAUUUCCAAGAAUUUAUAAAAUUGUUAUUUUGAAAAUUUCAAAUUGCCGGUAACCGCUAUGACAUGGUCUAAAUCAUGCCAGACUUGCAAUUACAGUGACAUUACCAGUGCUUGCACUUGCUUCUUUGAAUAUAUUCCUUUCCAUGUACCCGCAUGAAAUUUCCUCACAAUAGCAGAGAAAAGAAGCUCCAUCGUAAAAUCCACCCUAAUUUUAUUCAUAAUAUUCCAUUCAAACAGCAAGCUCGAUCAUGUUUAUAUUAUUCAACUUCAUCUCUCCUAUCCAGCUAUAUGCUCUCCACUAUAUAUAUUCUCCCUAAAACCUGUUCACAAUAUCACAUUAUAUUCUCCUUUGUGCGUCUAUAUCUUGUCCACUAAAUACAUUUCACACAUUACACACACACACACAGUUCAUAGUUUUCAUUCCAUCUGUCUCUCCGGUACUGUCAACCAUGUAUAGAGUUGCAAAUGCUUCAGAAUACCUGGUGAUUACCGGGAUUGGCAUCUCCGACAUCAAAAUUGCAAAGAAGGCAUGGGUUCUUCCCGGCCAAUCCUGCACGCUCUUCGACGUCUCACCUGUCAAUUACACCUUCGAAGUCCAAGCCAUGAGUGCCGAGAAGCUCCCUUUCGUCCUUCCAGCCGUGUUCACCAUUGGCCCUCGUCUUGAUGACGACGACAGCCUCCUGAGAUACGCCAAGCUCAUUUCACCCCAUGACAAGCUCUCCAACCAUGUUAAGGACCUUGUGCAAGGUAUCAUUGAAGGCGAAACUCGUGUCCUAGCAGCUUCAAUGACCAUGGAGGAGAUUUUCAAAGGAACUAAAGAUUUCAAGCAAGAGGUUUUCGAGAAAGUACAGCUUGAACUUAAUCAGUUCGGGCUUUUGAUAUAUAAUGCGAAUGUUAAACAGCUUGUUGAUGUGCCAGGGCACGAGUACUUUUCGUACUUGGGUCAAAAAACUCAGAUGGAAGCUGCAAACCAGGCGAGAAUUGACGUAUCGGAGGCAAAGAUGAAGGGAGAGAUUGGUUCAAAGCUUCGAGAGGGACAAACGCUUCAAAAUGCAGCAAAGAUUGAUGCGGAGACGAAGAUUAUAUCCACACAAAGGCAAGGAGAGGGGAAGAAGGCCGAGAUAACUGUCAAGACUGAGGUGAAGGUUUUUGAGAAUCAAAGAGAGGCAGAGGUGGCAGAGGCAAAUGCAGAUUUGGCGAAGAAGAAGGCGGGUUGGGCUAAGGAGGCCCAAGUGGCUGAGGUGGAGGCUACGAAAGCCGUGGCUAUCCGAGAGGCGGAGUUGCAGAGGGAGGUUGAGAGGAUGAAUGCACUGACUCGGACAGAGAAACUUAAGGCUGAGUUUUUGAGUAAAGCCAGUGUUGAGUAUGACACCAAGGUACAAGAGGCAAACUGGGAGCUCUACAAGAAACAGAAAGCUGCAGAAGCAAUACUAUACGAGAAGGAGAAAGAAGCUGAGGCACAAAAGGCAAUAGCCGAGGCGUCUUUUUAUGCUCGUCAACAAGUUGCAGAUGGAGAGUUAUAUGCCAAGAAGAAAGAGGCCGAAGGACUCAUAGCACUUGGACAAGCCCAAGGAAUUUCUUUACAAACCCUUCUCGGCUCACUGGGGGGAAACUACACUGCGCUAAGAGAUUACAUGAUGAUUAACAGCGGCAUGUUUCAAGAGAUAGCAAAGAUUAAUGCUGAGGCUGUGCAUGGACUCCAACCGAAAAUUAGUAUUUGGACCAACGGAAGUAAUGGGGAGACAGCAGAUGCAACUAAUAAUGCUAUGAAGGAGGUUGCCGGUGUUUAUAGAAUGUUGCCGCCAUUGUUUAAGACGGUCCAUGAGCAAACCGGAAUGCUGCCACCAGCAUGGAUGGGCAGCUUAACUGAGGACUCUAGCAACUCUUAAUAUUUGAUAAAUUAUGUGAAACAUGGACAUGUUUGUGUAUCGAUCGACCUGUGUGAUUGUUGCAAUUAUUUAUUUGUGUGUUUGUUUUGUUUUUUUGUUUUGACAUGUCCAAAUGCGCCUUUAUUUGUUAUGGAGAAAAUUGGUAUAUAAUAAAUUUGAAAUCAUGCAUUUCAUUAGUA